GAUGGGGGAUGGGGCUCGAGUAACACACAGUACAUGGGUUUUAAUAUUGCAAUUUUCAAGUUGACCUCCCUCCCUUUGCUCCUCCACAUUGAGAAAUCAAACUUGUCAGUUCUCGUUUCUGUAUCGUUGAAGAGUAGAUGGCUACAGCAACGACCAAGAAGAUUUCAGAGGCUUCGGCCAGGGUUCAUACUCGAAAAUCUAAUCGGAGUGCUUCUUUUUUCCCCAUUCCUUCAGGAAUUUUAGGGAAAAUUUUAGUAGUAUUCUUCAUAGGGUGUUCGGCCUGGGCUUAUCGGGCAACUCAGCCUCCUCCACAGAAGCUAUGUGGCACGCGUGAUGGGCCUCCCAUCACAGCUCCAAGAAUAAAGCUCAGUGAUGGAAGAUACUUAGCUUACAAGGAAUUUGGUGUCCCCAAAGAUAAAGCUGCAUAUAAAAUUGUCUAUGUCCAUGGAUUUGAUUCUUGCAGGCACGAUGUCGUUAUUGCCAGCACACUAUCUCCUGAUGUUAUUGAGAGUCUGCGAGUCUAUAUCGUUUCCUUUGACAGGCCCGGUUAUGGAGAAAGUGAUCCCAAUUCAAAAAGUACUGAGAAGAGCUUGGCAUUUGAUAUAGAGGAGCUUGCAGAUCAGCUCGGGCUAGGUUUAAAGUUCUAUGCAGUUGGAUUUUCCAUGGGAGGGCAGGUGAUCUGGACCUGUCUCAAGUACAUCCCCCAUAGAUUGGCUGGAGCAACGCUUAUUGCUCCUGUUGUCAACUACUGGUGGCCUAACCUCCCUAAAAACUUAUCGAGAAAAGCUUACUCUGAACUACUUCCUCGGGAUCAGUGGGCUCUUCGUGUUGCUCACUAUGCUCCUUGGUUGGUGUACUGGUGGGAUACCCAAAAAUAUUUUCCUGCUUUAAGUGUUUCAGCUCACAGCCUGGAUAUUCUCUCUACCCAAGACAAACAAUUACUGACUAAAAUUCAUCCCCCAAGAAAGGACUACAUGGCACAGGUGAGACAACAAGGAGAAUUUGAGUCAAUCCACCGCGACUUGAUGGUUGGGUUUGGGAGAUGGGAAUUCGAUCCGAUGGAUUUGAAGAACCCGUCAUUGUUAUUCCCCGACAGGGAAGGCCCUUCUGUUCACCUGUGGCAAGGAGAAGAUGACCUUCUUGUGCCCGCUGUGUUGCAAAGAUACAUCGCCCGUCAGCUUCCAUGGAUUCACUACCAUGAACUUCAGGGUGCUGGUCAUAUGUUCCCUUUUGCAGAUGGAAUGGGUGAUAAAAUGGUGAAGAGCCUUUUGAUUGGAGAGAACACUGGUCCUUAGUUAGACCACUAGAGGCUCUACAACCUGUGUGUUAUUAAUCUGUUAUUGUAUAUUACUACAAUAUAAUUUCACAAAAUGUUUUUAAUGCUAUUACGUAAAUAAUAGAGUAAUGUUAACGUUUUUGUGUUUAUAACUUAAGUGUUUUUAGGCACAAGACUGUAACAUGUUGAUCUCAGAUUGUGUCCAGGGUCUACGUGCACGCCCUUCACUAGGUCCUACUAUGAAAUUCUACUGGAUUUGUUUGUGUGCUUUUAGUGUUGCAUGUGUACAUACGGAGUAAAUGAUAAUGUUAUUG